GGUGGUGGUGGUGGAGGAGGAGGAGGAUGGAGAGGAGGUGGGAGGGGAGGAGGGGGAGGAUGGAGAAGUAGACCAUGGAGAGGAGGAUCAGGAAUCAAUACCCUCAGCAGCCAGAGAGUCCUUUGUCAGGCUACUCUAGAUAUAUCGUGUCCGUACAAAGGAUGGGCUCUCUACUUCACAGAAGGCUUCAUAGAGAGCUCACCUAGUGUGGAGAAGAUCAAAGUGUUUGAGAAAUAUUUUACUUCUAAGAUUGAUCUGUAUGACAAGGAUGAGAUUGAGCGUCAGGGCAGUGUUCUUGUAGAUUAUGCAGACUUGACUGGAGACAAAACCGUACGUGAAGCGCUUCCUGAUCUGACCACAGAGCUGAAGGAGCAGCCAGAGGUGAUCCUCAAGUGUUUGGGAGUGGCCAUUCACCAGGUGUUGACUAUAGAUUUGGAGAAACAAGCUGCUGAGCUGCAAGAGGAAGAGCUUCCUGUCGCUACACCAAUCAUCAACAUCCCUCACAUUAGCGCAAGGCUGUAUAACUAUGAACCGCUGACUGCGUUGCGGACGUUACGUGCCAGUGUGUUUGGACGGCUGGUGUGUGUAAGGGGAACAGUGGUCAGAGUGAGCAAUAUCAGACCUCUGUGUACCAGGAUGGCCUUCAGGUGCCUGGGCUGCAUGCACACACAGUCACUGCCACUGCAGCAUGGGAAAUACACUACACCUACCAAGUGUAUCCAGCCGGACUGCCGCAGUCGUACCUUUGCCCCCAGCAGGAGUUCCCCUUUUACUCAUACUGUAGACUGGCAGAUCAUUAAGGUGCAGGAGUUGAUGGGCGGAGAGCAGAGGGAGACUGGACGGAUCCCGCGCACCGUGGAGUGUCAACUGACAUCCGACCUCUGUGACAGCUGCGUCCCUGGAGACACAGUCACUGUGACAGGGAUAGUUAGAGUUACCAGCGAUGGUAGUUCCCGGGGGAAUAAGGAUCAGUGCAUGUUCCUCCUCUACCUUGAAGCCAUUUCAGUCAGCAAUACUAAAGGUAAGCAGUCCAAGUCAGGUCAGGGGUCACUUGAAGAUCGUUCUGGGGGGGAGGAGUUCAGUCUGAAGGAGUUGUAUGCCAUCCAGGAGAUCCAGUCACAGCCUGACCUUCUGAGACUUAUAGUACAGUCUUUGUGUCCUGUCAUCUACGGCCACCUGCUGGUGAAAGCUGCUCUAGCCUUGGUGUUGUUUGGAGGCCGACAGAAACACACUGGCAAGAACAGCGUCCCAGUUAGAGGAGACCCACACAUCCUGAUGGUGGGAGACCCUGGACUGGGGAAGAGUCAGAUGUUGCAGGCAGUGUGUAAUGUGGCUCCCAGAGGAAUCUAUGUAUGUGGCAACAGCACAAGCACCACAGGACUAACCGUGAGUUUAUCUCGAGACGCUGGAACGGGGGAUUUUGCUCUAGAGGCCGGAGCCUUGGUGCUGGCUGACCAAGGCCUGUGUUGCAUUGAUGAGUUUGAUAAGUUGGGCAACCAGCAGCAGGCUCUGCUAGAAGCCAUGGAGCAGCAGUCUGUGAGUCUGGCUAAGGCUGGAAUAGUUUCCUCUCUGCCAGCAAGGACGUCAGUCGUAGCUGCUGCGAACCCCAUCGGCGGACAUUACAACAGAGGCAAGACUGUUUCUGAAAAUCUGAAAAUGGGUUCAGCACUUCUCUCUAGAUUCGACGUUGUCUUUCUCCUCCUGGACAUCCCAGAUGAGUCACAUGACCGGCACCUGUCAGAACAUGUCAUGGCAAACAGGGCAGGAAAAGGCAGAACCAGCAGCGCCAUAGUUACCAGGGCUAACAGUGAUUUAGAGACCUCCAUCCUGCUAGAACACUCAGACAUGCCGCUGUCUGAACGUUUGCAGAUCCCUGCAGGUGAAACUGUAGACCCCAUUCCAGUAUGUUUGUUAAGGAAGUAUAUCAGCUACGCUCGCCAGUAUGUCCACCCCUCGCUCUCUCCUGAAGCCGCAAAGAUACUUCAGGACUUCUACCUGUCACUGAGAUCUCAGGCACACUCCGCUGAUUCCACACCCAUCACCACACGACAACUCGAGUCUUUAAUUAGACUAACUGAGGCAAGAGCCAGGCUGGAGCUCAGAGAGACGGCUACCCGCAGUGAUGCUGAAGAUGUGGUGGAAAUCAUGAAACACAGUCUGGCUGAUACAUAUUCAGAUGGGCUGGGCAAUCUGGACUUUGAGCGCUCGCAGCUUGGAUCAGGCAUGAGUCAGCGUAGCGUUGCAAAAAGACUGGUCAACGCACUGCACAUGCAUGCUCAGAGGACCAAUCAGAAGCAGUUUGACCUACAGAUGCUUCGAUCUAUCGCCAACAAACUGAACAUUAAGGUGGUGGAUUUUGAAGGUCUGGUGAGUUCCCUCAAUGAACAGGGUUUCCUGCUGAAGAAAGGAGCUAAGCUGUACCAGCUGCAGACUGUCUGAUCACUGGCAACUGCAACAGACUAAGAGCUGGGUACCAGCUUCAUCCUGCAGACCUCGCUAAAAGGUCAGUGUUCGGGAUAACUGAACUGGGUCUCUUUCUGUGUAAGAGGGAGAAAGGAACUUGAUGGGGAGCUCAUUAUCCAGACCACUUUCACCAAACCUCCACCCAAUGGACCGCUGUGAAACCUUUUGAAGAGACUGUAACAACCACAGCAACCGACAAACACGGGACAGAUCAUCUAACUUACUAAAACCUUACAGAGGGCAUCUCUCCACAACCUUACAGCGACCACAGUUUUCCCCAUGACCACCAACCUCCUGCUAAAAAGAGGAACUGACUCCAUUAGACACACCACAUCUAUGCUGAACUCAACACGGUAUGGUGUGACUUGGCUGUAAUUGCAUCAGUUAAGUGACACUUCAGACAUUACUCAAGGCUGUAAGAAAAUGUUAUUUAGUUCCCCACCUGUUGGUUCAAUGAUGUAAUGCCUCACAGAUGCCACUAUCUUAAUAAAGAUAUAACAUCAUUUUUCAGAACUAAAAAAUCCAUAGUCGGGUACACUUUCCUUUCAAUGUACAUCAUUUUACAGUACAUGGUGACUGUUUCAAACAACAGUUGUAGUUGAAAUUCUUUUUUUCAAAGUAAGGUCGGUCUUUGGCGCUCUAAACGUCUGAGAGAAGUGCUGAUGUACUUAUAUUCGAUAAAUACCUAAUAGGUGACUAUACUACCUCAAUGUUGAGUUUCUUGUUUAUUUAUUUUUCCACACAGAUGACUUUGUUGUAAAGAAACCUUUUUGAAGUUCAGUUAAAAUUAUAUUUUAGAAGUCACUGUUAUUUCUAUGUCACUAAAAUAAAAUAAAUGAUCUUAUGAUGUUUAGUAGCUUGGUAAAGAUGGUCAUUGCUUCCUAUGAUGUGGCAAUAUAUUGUUUUCUAAAAUAUUGACUUUUGAAUUGACCUCAAGAAUCCAGUAAUGGUCAGGCUAUAUAUAUAUUGAUCUAAAAACCUGCAACUAUACAAUAUUUGCUUCUCAUUCUGUCUCAAACGUUCUGUAUCGUCUACCGUCUAGUCGUCUAGUAUGCACUUUAUUAGUUUACAUUAAACAUUCCGUUAUUAAAUGAUUUAAUUUCCUGUAAAUCUCAGCAUAUUUUGUUUUUUUAAGGAUUACAGAAAAGGAUUUGACAGUGAAAACAUGCAAAAUUGGACAAUACAAUCAGCAAAGCUCAAACUGUUGAUUAUGGUGUCAUUAUUACAAAUACUUUCCUCUGAUAACUUUGUUUUGCUGAUAUUAACUUUGUGACUUGUCUUAAUCACAUCAUCUUUUUUUUUUCUAAAUAAAAGCCUUGUCAACUAAAGCGUCAUUGACGAUUUUGCGACGCCCUUUGCGGUGUCAGUUUACGGCAACAUGGCAGCCUGCUGGCUGAAGUCAUGGCCGGCUGGAGCGUUGGCUGGCCCAGACGCUAGAUCGCACCCAUAGAAUGUAUGAUCGCACACCCAAUACACGUGUCGACGUCACCAGGAGCACACUGCGCAGGCGUUGACACGUGUAUCGGGUGCGAUCUAGCAUUUACCCCCGGAGCUGAGAUUCUCUUGGCUCUGACCGUCUGAAACUUAAACAUGAAAACGGGUACGAACCACACGAUAGCAGCGGGUCGGUAACGGAAGCCUCGU